CGAACUAAUAAUAAACCUAUUCGAUUACGACAUAAGACAACUGGUAUCACAAAAUUUAUUAAUUACCAAACUUUACAAAAAAUAUUGAGUAAAUAUCCCUAUCAUUUUUAUGCUUAUGGUUCACGAGCAAAAGGAACUGCCCGAAAGUUUUCUGAUUUAGAUAUUUGCUAUUAUGAUGACAUCCCCGAUGAAAUUAUUUGCCAAAUUAAAGGAGAACUCGAAGAAAGUGACUUGCCAUUUAUCGUAGAAUUAGUUAACUGA